AUGUCUUCCAAACGCAAAUGGGACCAGGCUGCUCCAGAAGAGGGCGAAACACCCACAAAAGCAAUGAAGGGCGAAGAUGGAAAGACGGCGUCCGAGGCUGCUGCAGCCGCAGCCGCCAUCGCUGCAAAAAUUGCGGCCCAAUUCGCGAAUGCCGGAGCCGGAGGAGGGACGCCAUUGGGAAAGGAUCCACAUGAUGGAGAUUUUACGCAGGACAUUGACAUUAACGAUGUACGCAAUCGGUAUCUGUUGACGAAAGGCUCGACACAGACACAGAUCCAUGAGGAGACCGGAGCGUCCGUCAGCACUAAAGGUGUAUGGUAUCCUGACCGUUCGAAAGCUACAGAAAAGGACCCUCCUCUGUAUCUCCACAUUUCUGCCACGACGCAAGAGAUCAUGCAGAAAGCCGUCGAUAAAGUGAAUGAACUUAUUUCGAUGGACAUGGGGUCGCUGGUGGAGGACAAGAAGGACCGGUUGCGAGAACGGCGCAAGUGGCCAGAGGAAAAGAUUCCUGUAGGUAUCGAUACGAUCCGCAACUUCAACGUGCGCGCAAAGGUUGUAGGUCCCUCGGGCAUGUUCGUCAAGUAUAUCCAGCAAGAGACGGGGACUCGGGUGCAGAUCAAAGGUAUCGGUUCUGGUUUCGUUGACCAAGAGACAGGUCACGAACACGAUGAGCCCAUGUUCAUUCAUGUGACCGGGCCUGAUGAGGGUCAGGUUCAACGCGCGAAAGUCCUCACGGAGGACCUACUCGAGGUCGUCCGCCAGGAGCAUGCGAAAGUGAAGGCCGUUGUGCAGCAGCAACAGAUGGAGCUGCAUCAAGCCCAGAUCCAGUACGCCGCCUACAGUGCUUACGCCGUAUGUAUGCUCCACUCAUUCUCUCGUCCUUCUUAUACGACAGUCGCCGCGGCUUGA